AUGGAAAACUGGAACAAGUACCAGCCAGGCCUGGUUGACCAUGAAGGCGACCGGGAGAGUAGUUGUGGCUCCCACGACCUCGAAAAGACAAUGACCGGCGAGUCUGGUAAGACCGUGGUACGCACGGCAACUGGUCAGGCCCAAAUUGGCGCAGAUGACGAGGAUGUCGGUAUCGACUCCAAGACUUUCAUUGCAUGUCUCGCCAUCUCUUUCCUCUGGACUGGUUCGCAAAUCCCCUUGUACAUGCUGCUCGCAUGUGUAGAAUACCAAUUGGCCGACAUUGGUGGUGCAACAAUCCAGAUCUGGUACAUUCUCGGACCCCUGACUGCUCUCGCUGCUGUUUCCCCUAUCGCUGGAUCUCUGUCCGACAUCUUUGGUCGUCGAUGGACCAUUCUCAUCGGAGGCUUCCUUCUCCUUACUGGUCUCAUCCUUAACGGUACCGCGCAAGGGCCCACUCAAGUGAUUAUCGGUUUCCCCUUCACCGGUAUCGGCGCUGCCCUUCUGGAGAUUAACGCUUUGGCCGCCGUUAACGAGAUUGCGCCAAACAAGCUCCGUGGGUUUUACACAUCCAUGCUUAUCUGGACCAUCAUUCCAUUCGCACCUCUUGGUAUCUACGCCCUUGAGCUUGCAGAGAACGUUUCUUGGCGAUGGAAUGUCUGGAUUCCAGUCAUCUGGUCUGGAAUUGGUCAAGUGCUUGUCUUCUUCUUCUACCACCCACCACCCCGAGUGUUCCAUGGCAAAGUUCGCACCAUGUCUGAGCGUUUCAACAUGAUCGACUGGCCUGGAUUUGCACUGACCCUCAGUGGUAUCGUUCUCUUCCUCGUCGGUCUCGGAACUGGCGGCUACACACGUCCAUGGAACUCUGCUCUCCCAAUCACUCUCAUCGUUGUCGGCUUCGCCCUUUGCGUUGCUAGCGGUUUCUGGAUGACCAAGGCCAAGAACCCUCUUUUCCCACCUGGCAUGUUCAAGAAUGCGCGUGUCUUCACUCUCACACUCGUCAUCACUGCUGUUGCCGGUGCCAACUUCUUCUCCAUUCUCAUUCUUUGGCCCAAAUUUGUGUCGACCGUCUUUGUGCCAUCUGCCCUCCUCGGCGGAUGUCUCAUCAUGGCGCAGACUCUCGGUGUCCUUUUCGGCGCCGGUUUCUUCUCUUGGACCAUUACCAAAUUCCAGGGUUCCAUUCGUCCGCAGAUGAUGAUUUCCUGCGUGUUCAUGAUUGUUGGUUUCGGCUCCCUCGCAGCUGUCGGAUAUGAGGACAACUUGCUUGCUGGAUUCAUGGUCUGCCUUGGAGGUAUCGGUAUCGGAGGUAUCAUCAUCCCCGCUUCCGUCAUCACACAGCUCGCCUCUCCUGAUGAGUACCUCGGCACCGUCACGGCUUUCACUUUCGUGGCUCGUGUCAUUGGAGGUGCCAUUGGUUUCACCGUGUACUACUACAUCCUGAACAAGGAGAUGAAGCACCUCUUCGAGUCGUUUGCCACCAACAAGGCUUCGUUGAACGUUGUCCAGACCCUUCUCAAGCAAGGUCUCAACACCGCCGAGAUCACAUCUUUCCUUACUUCGUUCGGUAUUGAUGACAUCAAGGAGAUGAGGACCUACACCAAGGUUCCCCCUCGCAUCUUGCUUCUUCUUCGCUACCAGGCCAGGCCAAUUUGGGCACAGGGUUUCCAGGACGUUUGGUACACUACCAUUGCAUUCUCAGCACUCGGCCUCAUUUGCAGUGCAUUCUUGGGUGAUGUUCGUAAGUACAUGACUGGACACAGGGCUGUCGUCAUGCACUAA